AUGGCGGAUGAGAAUGAAAAUACAGAUACGGCUCAUCUGAGACAAAUUGUGAGAGAAGAAAUUGCCAGAUCAAGUGAUAAACAACCGAAACCCUGUAAGGCUAAAUACCCAGUCGGUAUAUGAGAGAACACAGCAGUUGAUAAGAGGAGCAGCAAAUACUGCUGUGAAUGAGCUGUCGAGUCAAAUUCAGCCACAAGGUCCGCUAUGGUUUUCAACAUUAACAACGGUGCUAACACAAGGGGCUCAUGCGCCAAGCUUGCAAGAGUCUAGAAGUUCGGCCGGAUAAUGUAAAUCUCAGCCUGGUCAUCCCUGGAGAUUCAAAGCUGCCAGUGCUCCAAAACGCAAAGUGGCUGAAGGAGAGUCAAUAAACGUUUGGCUCUUAGAUUAUCCAAUUGACAAUUCCAGAAAUGAAAAAGGCUUUGUAUCACUAACCCUACUGAUAAUCCAAUGGGAGAUAAAACAAAUAAUUGCAUUUCUCCUUCAAACGAAAUUUCCAAAUCUGGAAAGUUACCAAUUUGAUUAUGUGAAACACAAGAGAAUCAAGAUUUGCACUCCAGCAACCCGGGCAGAUUGAUUUUUCAUGGAAUUUUGCUGCCCUUAAAAAUCUUUGGGAACUGGGAAAACUUUAUUGCCAGUUAAAUGUGUCACAAAAAGUGAUAGAGGAAGGCAGUGACAAUGAUGACCUUGAAUCUUAUUCAUUCCUGUCAAAUUCAUCUAGUGAUGUGAAAAUCGGUUCAAGACAAGAGGUUCAAUCUUCCGCAGGUGAUCAGACAAGUGGUACCCAAAUGUCAACAAUUGGUACCCAAUCAUCAACAAGUGGUACCCCUCCCACCGAGCAGCGGAAUGUAAAAGUAUUGUGA